AUCCAUAUCUCUCGCUCUCACCACCACUCGCCCUCGCCACACCUCAACCGCCCUCAUCACCUACACCUCUAUCGCAAUGGCCCCCAAGCCCGCUUCCACUGCCGGCAAGGCUCCUGCCUCCACCGCCUCCAAGGCGCCCGCUAAGCCCUCUGAGGGCGUGAAGUCGGCGAAGAAGAGCACCAAGCCUGCUGCCUCUGGUGAUGACACCAAGAAGAAGCGGAGAAAGACCCGCAAGGAGACGUACUCCUCCUACAUCUACAAGGUCCUCAAGCAGGUCCACCCUGAUACGGGUAUCUCCAACAAGGCGAUGGCCAUUCUUAACUCCUUCGUCAACGAUAUCUUCGAGCGCAUUGCUACUGAGGCUUCGAAGCUCGCAUCCUACUCCAAGAAGUCGACAAUCUCAUCGCGUGAGAUCCAGACUUCUGUCCGCCUUAUCCUCCCUGGUGAACUCGCCAAGCACGCUAUCUCUGAGGGCACGAAGUCGGUAACGAAAUUCUCGAGCGCAGGGGCGAAGUAGACCGUCUCGUCUUUCGGGUUGUUGUUGUAUUGUAGUAUUGUACUUUCUAUUUAUCCCUACUUCUAUCGCAUCGUGUCUUAGACUCGCACCAUAUAUUGAGUGAUA